AUAUUUUCCCAGUGUAAUGGAAAAAGUACAAACUACCUUUUGCAUAGGUAGACCGUUUGUUCCCUCCCAAAUUAAUACGGUACACAGCCCACAUGCCAUCUCCCAUCACCAUCGGAUCCUAUUUACAAUAUCUAGAAAGAAAACUCAAUCACCCCACUUCACACACACACACACACGCACGCACACAACUGUGCUAAUUGUAUGAAUUCAAGAAUUCGGGGCGUCGGUAUUUACAUAUGUCAACAGUGUGCAGUGCUCGUUCAUUCUCUUGUUGCUUUGUAUAUUGGUAAUAGCCUACAUGUGCUGGCACACCCUCUUUCAGCCACCACAAGUGUAAGGUGAUUAGGUCUUAUGGUUAUCAAGUCUUGAACACCACCGUUAGUGUAUUGUGAUUUCUUCAGUUUGUGAGUUGAUCAAUGGCAAGUACAUUAGUGCUUUCGAAUAAGUUACCGUUGCACAGAUUCCAACCUUCAAGUAGACUUUCUUCCAAUUCUGAUCCACGAAAUUUAGAAUCAGUCUCCUGUUUUGGAACACACCUUCGACAUGGCAUCAGCAAUAAACUUCACCUGAAGGAGGUGGUCUUCUCUGGCCAGUCAGUCUGUUCUUAUAGGCUCACAGCAAUUUCUUCUUUUAGAUCAGAAGACGGACAUCCUAUUAGUCAGGAACCAGUGCAACCGGAAAAAAACAAGAGCUAUGAGCAAUGGAAUUCAAUGACAGCAAAGUUUGCAGGAGCUGCAAAUCUACCAUUUCUGUUAUUGCAACUGCCUCAGAUUGUACUCAACACUCAGAAUCUUCUGGCUGGGAAUAAAUAUGCACUUCUGGCAGUUCCUUGGCUGGGUAUGCUUACUGGAUUGCUUGGGAAUCUUUCUCUUGUCUCAUACUUCAUUAAAAAGAUGGAGACCGAAGCAGUGGUGGUGCAGACAUUAGGAGUGAUAUCCACGUAUGUGGUGAUAUUGCAGCUGGCAAUGGGUGAAGCUAUGCCUCUCCCUCAUUUUAUUGUCACUUCGAUAGUGGUCGCUUCUGGUCUCAUUUUGAAUUUUAUGAAGUAUUUCAAUUUGCUCAACCCAAAAAUCUGGCACUUUUGGGAAGACUUUAUUACAAUAGCUGGUCUUGCCACACUCCCACAAGUCAUGUGGUCAACUUUCAUCCCCUAUGUCCCAAAUACUGUUUUGCCUGGGGUCAUCGCCUUUGUUACUGCAGUGUUUGCUGUUCUUAUGGGUCGCAUGGGCAAGUUGUCUGAGAAAGGCGUCAAAUUUCUUGGGUUGGUAUCCGGGUGGACGGCCACUCUUCUUUUCAUGUGGAUGGCUGUUGCACAAAUGUGGACAAAUCUUAUGAAUCCAGACAACAUCAAAGGAUUAUCAGCUGUCUCAAUGUUGCUGGCUAUGAUUGGCAAUGGACUUAUGAUCCCACGUGCACUAUUCAUUCGGGAUUUUAUGUGGUUCACUGGUUCGUGUUGGGGAUCCCUCUUCUAUGGAUGGGGGAACCUUAUAUGCAUGUAUUGCUUCAAGAGCAUCAGCAGGGAGUUCUUCUUGGCUUCAACCCUCGGCUUUCUUGCCUGGAUAGGGCUGACAUUAUGGAAAGACACACAAGCUCAUGGGCUCAGUUCACCCUUCACUUCUUUGAAGCAGCUGGUUUUCGGACCUUGAUCAUUAGUUCUGUUAACGGUCACGAAACCUCCAUCAUGACGUUCAAUGAUGACAUCUCAACGGACCUGCACACAUAAUACUCAACAGUUUUCUCCACUCCAACGAGAUGCCCGCACGACCGAGCUUUUGGAAAAUUCAGCCUUAUGAAUGUGCUGACUUGUUGCAAAUUACUGUUGAUUGUUUGGAAAUUCAAUUUCAUUUGAAGGAAAUUCUUGAUUCAUUCAGAUGCUGAAGAAGUUCUAAUCAGCCCAGUUUGAAUGGAAAUAGGGCCUGAUUUAUGGUCCUGUUAUCAUCAAGUUGGGCGUUUGAGAAUGAA